AUGUCGCUACCGAAAUUUAAAGGGGAAUAUUCAGAAUUUAAAAAUUUUAUGAGUCUGUUCGAGAGUUUGGUGCACAACGAUCCUACAAUCCCAGAAAUUGAGAAAUUUAAUCACUUGGUUAACUGUCUGUCUGGUGAAGCUUUGGGAACGGUAAAGGCCUUCCAAAUGUCGGACGAAAAUUAUUCGAAGGCGUUGGCUAGUCUCAAAAAAGUUUAUGACAAUAAAUGCUUAAUAUUUUUCGACACAAUUUCCAAACUUUUUGAACUGCCAACUAUCCCAAAGCCAUCUGCGCUUUCAUUGCGCACAAUGAUUGAUACAGUGUCGGCUGUUUACGACUCGUUGCUGUCGUUAGGUGACGAGAAAAACAUCACAAACGCUAUCAUAAUUCAUCUGGUAAUGUCAAAAGUUGACACCGUUACUCGGUCAAAGUGGGAGGAACAGUUGGAUUAUGAUAAGCUGCCAUUAUGGCGUGAGUGUGAGGCAGCAUUAAAUAAACGCUACCAACAUUUAUCUGCCGAUGAAGCCUCAACGUCGAGGCUCAAGCCGUCAAGCAGUCACAGCAUUCAGAAACCCCACCUUCAUGCGGGAAGGACGAAAGCUGCCUUAGUGACUUCAAAUAUAAAACAGCCGGUGUGUCCGCACUGUAAAUCAAAUGAUCAUAGUAUACCCGCGUGUCCUAGUUUUAAAACUCUCUCUGCUCAGCAGCGAUUUGAGUUUGCUAAAUCAGUCCCUUUAUGCAUAAAUUGUUUGCGAAAGGGGCACUCAGUUUCAAAGUGCAAAGCGGAUCGGUGUCGUGUUUGCAACCGUUCGCAUCACACGUUGCUGCACCAGUACCCUGUAUCCUUUGCAACUGCACCACAACUUUCGACCUCGCAUGCCAUGCACACGACGAGUACGCCAGAUCGGGUUAUGUUGGCUACAGCCGUAGUCAACGUAAAAGGUAGCUCCGGAGAGUACCUUGCUGCACGAGCCUUGCUGGAUUCUGGAUCUCAGGUGAAUUUCAUGACAGAGGAUUUGGCGCAGAAAUUACGAAUUCGUCGCGAAAGUACGACCUUAAAUAUUAUCGGCAUCGGAAAUGCAACCAAAAAAGUAAGGACGAAAUUAAAUACGUUUGUAAAAUCGCGGGUCAAUAAUUAUGAGUUUUCGGCACAGUUUUGGAUAAUGCGAUCCAUUUCAGCCAGCCAUCCAGAUCGUAACGUAAAUAUUAAUGGCUGGAAAAUUCCUAAAAACAUUAGCUUAGCGGUCCCAGAAUUUUAUAAGGCUCAAAAGGUAGAUCUUUUGUUAGGUGCUGAAACAUUUUUCGAGCUUUUAGCUGUAGGCCAGAUCAAGGCCAGCCCCAAUCACCCAACAUUGCAAAAGACACUUUUAGGCUGGGUUGUGUCUGGCAAAUACGCCUCCAACCAACGUCCUCCUCCCACAGUCAGUAGCACAUUAUGCCAUACUGAACAAGAUCUAGCAAAUAUAGAUUCCAUUGUCCAAAGGUUCUGGGCAAUGGAAGAAAUACCUUCAGGGGCUAGUUCGACAAAAUUCACACCUGAACAAAUAGAGUGUGAAAAAUUUUUCGUAAAAACUACUAAAGUUUUGCCUUCAGGAAGGCUUCAAGUAAGACUGCCUUUCAAAGAUGACCGUAAGUUACUCGGUAAUUCCUAUGAAACCGCGUCUCGGCGGUUUCAGGCCCUGGAGAGAAAGACCUUGAAAGAUCCAGAACUUCGUCAAAUGUACCUGGACUUCAUGAAUGAAUACAUCGAAUUGGGUCACAUGAGCCCAACAAAUAAUAAGAUCCCGAGUGAGCCACACUACUUCAUUCCGCAUCAAUGCGUUCUUCGGCCUGAAAGUACGACGACUAAAUUACGUGUUGUUUUCGACGCAUCAAGUCGUACCUCUUCUCAAAUUGCGUUGAAUGAAAUCUUGAUGGUUGGGCCGACCAUUCAAGAAGAGCUGUAUUCAACACUUCUUCGUUUUCGCUUGCAUAAAUAUGCAUUUACGGCGGACAUUACUAAAAUGUACCGCCAAAUUCUCAUGCACGAAGAAGACAAAAACUUUCAGCUUGUAAUGUGGAGACGGCAUCCAUCUGAGCCACUUCAAAUCUUUCGACUUAACACCGUAACAUACGGCACUGCGCCUGCUCCAUUUCUCGCUACACGGUGUUUACAAAUGCUCAGCGAUGCCAAUACACAUAUGUAUCCACUCGGCUCAAAGGCAAUAAAAAGAGAUUUUUAUGUAGACGACCUGCUUACAGGAUCCGAUAAUUUUGAAUCUCUAGAUCUUAUUAGAAGUGAGGUAGUUAAAAUAUUAAACUCGGCAGGAUUCAAUUUAUCUAAGUGGUUUUCAAAUCACCCAUCAUUUUUCGAUUGUGAGAGUUCUGAGAAGGCCUUAAACUUCAAUCACACAGACUCCACAAAAACACUUGGAAUCCAUUGGUUGCCGAAGGAAGAUUUGUUUCGGUUUGUCUUAAAUGACAACUUUACCAGUUUACGAGCCACUAAGCGAAACAUAUUAUCAGUUUCGGCUCGUCUUUUCGAUCCUCUUGGUUUACUUGCCCCACUAGUUACCAAAGCAAAAAUCUUAUUGCAAGAGCUUUGGCUGCAAAAACUAGAUUGGGAUGAGUCGAUUCCAUUGCACCUCGACACCAGCUGGGAAAAUUUCAAAGCCAAUCUACUGCAGCUACCAUCAAUAAGCAUUCCUCGGUUUGUACACACCGAGUCGAGUGCAAGCUGCCAAAUUCAUGGCUUUGCCGACGCCUCAAUACGAGCGUAUGGCUGCUGUAUAUACAUACGUAGCCAUUCGGCUGGUGGAACGAAAUGUACGCUGCUUACUGCAAAGUCUAGAGUGGCUCCGCUGAAGACUAAAUCUCUUCCGCGUCUAGAGCUCUCGGCAGCCCACUUGCUGGCCAAAUUAUGGUCACGAAUAGCGCCAAUGUUGAGUAGGCCAAUUGAAAAUAUAAACUUCUGGACAGACUCCGAAAUUAUUUUGCAUUGGAUCAAAACGCAUCCAUCUGUACUACAGACCUUUGUUGCAAACAGAGUGUCCGAAAUCCAAGAGUUGACGGAUAAAGCUACUUGGCGACAUGUGCCAACUAAGCAAAAUCCCGCGGAUCAAGUGUCUCGGGGUUGUAACGUGGACGAAUUGAAUAAUUCUAUCUGGUUUAGCGGUCCACAGUUCCUCCUAGAAGACCCUGCGUUAUGGCCAACAAACACCCACUUCCAGCUCUCUCCAGGAGACGAAGCAUUAGAGAAGAAACGGAACGCAACAGUUUUAGUUGUUCAAGCAAAUGAAUCGCAUCCAAUUAUGGAACUCACCAAAAGAGUAUCUUCUCAUCAAAAACUGCUUCGUAUUGUCGCUUACAUAUUAAGAUGGAUAAAACGUAUUAGAAACCCAUCUGCGACAUUCACACAAAUGCUGACGGCUGAGGAUAUUAAAUUAAGUUUCCUCAAAGUCAUUCAGGUGGUUCAACAUGUUGAAUAUGGUGAAGAAAUUAUGAAACUCACCAAAGGUACCACCCUACCCUCAAGUUUGCAAAAACUUAAUCCAUUUUUGCACAACUACUCGGAAUUGUCGCUGUCGUUUAAUUUACUCCGAGUAGGAGGCCGCCUAUUAAAUGCGCCUCUCCCAUAUGAUGCCAAGUUCCCACUGCUCUUAAACAAUAACUCGCACUUCGUUACCACAUACUUACGGGACCAACAUUUUCGAAAUCACCAUGCUGGAGCAAAGGCAUUGGUAGCGCUUCUCCGAGACGGCAUUUGGCUGGUCAAUGCUCGAGAAGCUUGUAGUCGUACCGUUCGAAACUGCACACACUGCUUUCAUUAUAAGCCGAAGCUGCAAACCCAAAUAAUGGGAAAUUUGCCUGCCGAUAGGCUUCGUGCACUACGACCCUUUCUAAUAUGUGGAGUAGAUUUUUGUGGUCCCGUAUAUACUACAUUAAAAAUACGAGGUAGACGCCCAGUAAAAACAUAUAUCGCAGUGUUCGUUUGUUUCACUUCAAAGGCAGUACAUUUAGAACUAGUAACAGACUUGUCUUCUAAUUGUUUUAUUUUCGCCCUAAAAAGGUUCAUUGGACGCCGAGGAAUGCCGCGGAAAAUAUACAGCGACAACGCCACCAACUUCGUCGGCGCCGAUCGCAAGCUUCGCGAGCUGAGGGAUGCUUUCGAGGCCCAACAACCGGAAGUACAGAAGUACGCAACGGACGAAGAAUUCACCUUCGCCUUUAUACCACCCAGGGCACCGCACUUCGGCGGGUUAUGGGAGGCGGCAGUGAAGUCCGCCAAACACCUUCUCGUGCGCGCAAUCGGCAACGCGCUGCUCACCGCCGAAGAACUACAGACUCUGCUCGUCGAGGUCGAGGCCGUACUCAACUCGCGACCCCUGGUACCACUGAGUCAGGACCCGAACGAUGGAGAGGCCCUAACACCAGCGCACCUACUAGUUGGGUGCCCCCUUCGAGCGCUGCCACCAGCCCAAGUAUCGAUGGACCCAAUGCGUUGCUGCGACAGAUGGCAACUUGUCUGUUGUCUCAAGCAACAGUUUUGGCGACUGUGGUCCAGGAACUACCUGUUGGGUCUUCAACAGAGGAACAAGUGGUUGCAUCCGAAGCGCAACCUCGAGCUGAACGACCUCGUCCUGGUUCAGGAAGACAACACACCACCGCAGCAAUGGGUGCUCGGCCGCGUCGCCGCAACCGUAACAGGGCAAGACGGCAAAGUCCGCGUAGCAGACGUGGCAACCAAAGCGGGCGUAAUUAAACGCCCCGUUCACAAGCUCGCCGUACUGCCAUUAGAUGUUGAAGGACCAUGA